AUGGAGCCAGAGGGCAUAACGGCUAAGAAACAAGCCAAGAAAAAGAAGGGGAUCAGUUUGACUCCUGAGAAGAAAAAGUUGCUUAAGCAACUGAUCAUGCAAAAAGCUGCCGAGGAGUUGAAGAAGCAGCAGGAGAAGGAAGCGGAAGAGAAGAAGAAGGCGGUCGAGUCCAGGGUUCCCAAGCUGGAACUUGCUGGUCUCAAUCAACAGGCCCUCGAACAAAAAGUCAAAGAACUACACGCCAUUGUCGCCAGGCUUGAGGAAGAGAAGUAUGAUUGGGAGUGCAGGCUUGGCAGACAGACGGAAGAAAUCAACGAGCUGAAUAUCAAAGUAAAUGAUAUCAAAGGAAAAUUUUCGAAACCCAUGCUGAAGAAAGUUGCCAAAGCCCACACGAAAUUCGAUCUCGAUAAACCGAAGAAGAAGCAGAUGCUUACUGCGACGUUGAAAUCAACCGGCCAAUCUAAGUUUGCCGUCGAAACGAAAGACGAAGAGAAGGACAAAAAGCCAGAUUGGAGUCAGCCGAAACAACACAAGGAAGGAGAGGAGGAGAAGGAACCGGAAAAGGAAGCUGAAGAAGAGGAAGAAGAUGAGGAAGAGGAGGAAGAAUAAAUGAAUUCGUCAAUUAAAUUAACUAAUUAAAAUUAUCAAAUUUUUGAAAUAUUAUUAACUUAUUACGCAAUUGUCGUUAAUAUUAUAACACCGAUAAUUAUUACUAAACAAUAAUUAAUCUAAUUAAUUAUUUGAUUAAUUAUGUCACGUUAUAAUACUAUGGUUACUAUAUUUUUAUGAUUCUUCUUAUGUUUGAUAAGUUUUCUAGCGAGUUGAUCAUUAUGAUUGUGCAUUUAUGAGAAUAAUAAUAAUCGUUCGUUCGUUCGUUC